AGGCACUUGUCCCACAAUUUGUGUUCCCAAUCUCCAAUCUCAUAAACUUCCAAAACCCACCCACUUUCCCCUCAGAUCUUCCAAACCCAUCUGUAACUUUCUCCUCCUUCUCCUCCUUCUCCUCGUUGUUGUUCUGGUUUUGCAGAGAACAAAAAUGGCAGACUGGGGUCCGGUGGUGAUUGCGGUGGUGCUGUUUGUGCUAUUGACACCGGGGCUUUUGUUUCAGAUACCCGGACGUGGGAGGUUGGUGGAGUUCGGGAACAUGCAGACCAGCGGCGCUUCCAUCGUGGUGCACGCCAUCAUCUACUUUGGCCUCCUCACCAUCUUCCUUAUUGCCAUUGGAGUUCACAUCUAUGCUGGUUAAGCUGUUUUAUUCUUAUUUAUGUACUAUUUACUUAUGUGAGUUGAGUGAUUAGAUUUUUAGAGUGUGUGAACUCGAUCAACAUUUUAGUUCUCGUUUGAAAAUCACUUUUAAAAUAUCUGAAAGCACUUUUAGAAAAAACUGUUUUUGUGCUUUAAAAGUGCUGUCUGCACCAGUUAUUUGCUUUCAUCACGAAGCACUUGAAGUCCUUAUUUCAAGAUUUACUUGCAUUUAUGCUAAGAAUUUGGUUCAAAAAUUAUUUUUAUUAAAAACGCUUUCAGUCAUUUUAAAAGGACUUCUAAAUGAGUUCUUAAUCUUAUAUUGUUUAAUUAGUUUGUUUAUUAUAAUCUAUGUUAAUUUGGUUUA